CGUAAAAGUUUGAGGUUUCCUUAAUUGAAAGGGCUUAGCUGGAAUCCAAAAACCCGUCUAAAACCCUAACCACCAAACCUCCAAAUACAAUUCUUUCUUCUAACUAUAGCAAAUUGGGGUACCAAAAACAACAAAUUGAAGAAUGGACGCAAUAGCAGCAGCUGAAGAGAGGAUAGUUUCAGAAAGAUUAAGGCAAAAACUCAACGAAGUGAACACAGCUGCCCAAACCCAACUCGCUGGCAUCCAAGACCAUGUUAAUUUCACCCUUCAGCAAGCUUACUACAAAUGUGCUUACGAAUGCUUUGAUAGGAGAAGGAGGCAAGAGGAGAUAGGGCACUGUGUGGAGCAUUGUAGUGUUCAUGUACACAAUGCUCAGAAUCUUGUUCAGAAUGAAAUGGCCAAGUUUCAGGUAAAGUUUAUUUCUUUAUUCCUAAUUUUACUUUUCUUGCUGUCUUAAUUUCAGCUCAUACCU